UUAGAUUGGACAGGAUACCCUUUAAGAUACUUGCCUUCAAGCUUUUAACUGGAUAAUCUUGUCGCACUUCUUUUACCACAUAGUCACAUUCAACAACUAUGGAAGGGAAAUAGAGUAAGAAUUAACUUAUCUUUGUGUUUUAGCUUAUUUUAAUAUAAAUUAUUAAACUUUGAUUAAGGUAAAACAAAACAAAAAAAAAUGAGCACUGUUAUGUUUUCUCAUUUCUUUCUAAUUUAUUAUGGUUUUCAACAGCCCUUGUUUAACUUGAAAAUAAUGAACCUCAAAGGGUCCCAAAAACUGAUCAAGACACCAGACUUCACAACAGCAUCAAAUCUUGAAGUUUUGAUUUUGGAAGGUUGUACCAAAUUAGUGGAUGUUCAUCCAUCAAUCGGAGUGCUUAAGAGCCUUAUACUUUUGAAUUUAAGAGAUUGCAAAAGUCAUAGGAGUCUUCCAACCAAAAUUGGAAUGGAAUCUCUUGAAAUAUUAAUUCUUUCGGGUUGCUCAAGUCUUGUAAGGUUUCCGGAGAUUGAUGGAAAUAUGGAACGUCUAAAAACUCUAGAUCUUUCCUGUUGUUAUAGAGUGGAAAAUUUAUCGGAGAAUUUGCAGCAAGCAAAGUUUUUGGAAAAGCUCGACUUGAGUGAAACAGCCAAAACAGAACCACCAUCCUUCAUUUGUCAAUUUAAAAAUCUUAAAGUUCUGUCUUUCAAUGGGCGCAAGGGACCAUCAUAUAAGUUAUUAUCAAAUUUACCUUCUCUUUUCAAGGUAAUCCAAGGAAGAAGGACGAAUCCCAUGGCUCGGAUGUUGCCUUUGUUGUCAGGUUUGAGUUCUUUAACAGAGCUAAAACUAAGGGACUGCAAUCUUUGUGAAGGAGAUAUUCCACGUGAUAUUUCUGGUCUAUCUUGUUUGGAAAAACUUGAUCUUAGUGGUAACAAUUUCAUCAGCAUACCUGCAUCUCUUACUCGACUCUCGAAGCUUGGAUAUCUUGAAUUGUCAAAUUGCAACAUGUGCACUCUUGGUGAAGCAGAUACUCAUAGUGAUAUUUCUGGUCUAUCCUCUUUGUGGCAUCUUGAUCUUAGUGGUAACAAUUUCAUCAGCAUACAUGCAUCUCUUACUCGACUCUCAAAGCUUGAAAAUCUUAUAUUGUCAAAUUGCAACAUGUGCACUCUUGGUGAAGCAGAUACUCAUAGUGAUAUUUCUGGUCUAUCCUCUUUGCGUCAUCUUGACCUUAGUGGUAACAAUUUCAUCAGCAUACCUGCAUCUCUUACUCGACUCUCAAAGCUUCAUGUUCUUUACUUGUCAAAUUGCAACAUGUGCACUCUUGGUGAAGCAGAUACUCAUUGUGAUCUUUCUGGUCUAUCCUCUUUGAUACGUCUUCAUCUUAGUGGCACUUCCAAAUUCAAGAAAAAAUUUUCAUAAGGGCUUCUUUGAUAUUAUGAUGCCCGGAAGUGAAAUUCCAGAAUGGUUUAGCCAACAAAAAAGUGACUCUUCAAUUAAGAUACC